AUGGAUGACUUUGUAAUGACAAUUGAGGACGACGUAGAGAUUAAUGCAUAUAACGAAGAAGAGAACGAGGAAAACGAGGAAACUGAUAGUAGCCUACUGCACAAAAAGAAUAAGAAUUCAAAAAGACAAAAAAAAAUUGAUAAUAAAAAAGUUUUGAAUGGAGAUACCUCAUUAAAAGAAAAUGAUAUAAAUCCUGAUUUCUCGUUUUAUGUGGGCGACGACAAUUUUUACAAUGAUGAUGAAGGCUGGGAUUUUGUGGCAGCUAAGGCUGGAUUAAAACCCAAACUUACUACUCCUUCAAAGACGAUUGACGAAAUAAUUACAAACAAGCGUAAUGAAGUAAAAUCAUUACUAAACUCAAAUCUAAAAACGAAUGGACAAAGUAAUUCCAAAAAAGAGGAAUACUUGAACAGCAACAAAGAUCGUGAGAAUGAUUCCAAUAGUGAAAGUAGUAGUGAAGAUGAAUAUGAAAAACAGAGAAAGAAAGAAUAUUUUGCGGACGAGUCUGAGAAGAUUAAUUACAACAUCGCAGAAUCAUUUCAGACAAUGAAUCUUUCUCGACCUAUUCUUAAAGGUCUUAGUCAAUUAGGAUUUCUACAGCCUACCCCAAUUCAAAAACAAACAAUUCCCAUAGCUCUUAUGGGUAGGGACAUUUGUGGUGGUGCUAUUACCGGUUCCGGAAAAACUGCUGCAUUUUUA